AUGGAAGAUAUCCUUUCCGAGCAACGCUCCUUCAACUUAAACGUGACACAGCCGCCCCCCGAUGAACCUGCGCAAGAUAAGAAACUCUGGUGGCCUCGAACAGUAGCUUAUCGUGAUGGAAAUUUGUCCGAUGGUACCAACGCCGGUACUGUUCCGCUGUCUCGAUAUGGUGGUGGUGGUGGUGUAGAACGUGCCACGUUGGCCACCACCACGCAGUCUGCAAUCUACCCUGUUACUCUUGCGUCGAAUGAAUUCCGACUGCUGUGCCUGACUACCGGUCCCGACAAGGAUUCCCCUACACAUGUUACCUUAGAAACUCAUAGCGACGAAUACCAUCCCGAGUAUGAGGCAGUCUCAUAUACAUGGGCUGGAGAUGACGGGGAUGCCUCACUGUGUCGUCCGAUAUUCAUCGGCCCGUAUUGGGAUGUCCUUUUCCAGACACAGAACUGCUGGGACCUGGUUCGAUUUAUGCGGCCGACGAGAGGUAUACGUCUGAUUUGGAUCGACUCUCUUUGUAUAAACCAGAGAAAUAUGCAAGAGCGCGCAGAGCAGGUGGCAAAGAUGUCACAGAUCUACAGGCACUGCACCAAGGUUGUGGUGUACUUGGGACCGGAUGUUACACCUACUUUCGAUGAUCGGUAUCCUCGUCGUCAAUGGCUUCAUGAGAUGAGCAUAGUAUCUAUGAAACAAGAACUUGAAAAAAUCUUGGAGCGAAAAUAUUUUAAAAGAAUCUGGAUUAUUCAAGAGUUGGUCUUCGCUCCGCGCAUGGCCAUGCGUGUUGGCCAGAGAGAGAUCAACAUCGACUCGAGAACCACUCUCAUAAACUGGAACUGGGAAGAAUGGCCAACACCGUGGUUUGAGCACGCUUGUCGGCAAAAAUUUCUGGUGCAAAACACAUGGGAUGCUUUAGAGCUUGUCUCCAAAUCUCGGUGUACGGAUCCCAGAGAUCGUUUAUUUGCUAUACUAGCUCUACUACCUAGCCCCAAUCAUGGGAUUGAGCCAGACUACUCUGUGUCUGCACAACACGUGUGCAUUGGGUUCUUCGCGCAUUGCCUCUUGGUAGAGCGUACUGGUUGGUUUCUAUUUUAUGCCACUGGCGUUCUACCUCAGAGAUCAGUUCCUUCAUGGGUCCCUGAGUGGAAUUCAAUAAUAGAGUGGAAAUAUUCCAAGCGUCCAGCUGACUAUGAAUUUGAUAAAUUACGCUAUGAGCUUCGAAUGAUGCCGGGCGUUAUAGAAGCGCAACACAGACUUAUAGAGCUAACCGGCGACUCUGUGGGGGUUGGAAGUGGAGGUAGGCUAGAAAAGUUUCAUGAAAGAAUUGAGAGAAUAGGCAAUGAUAAACCCUUGGUGUGUUCACGGACUGGUGCCUUGCUUGAUAUGCGCCUACAGCACUUGUUCACCAUACCUCAUACUCCUACAAAGAUGGGGGCCAGCCAAGAGGGAGGAGAAAUCUUCAAGCUGAAGCAAAAUACUGGCCCGGCUCUUUACAUAGUCAGCAAGGUAGAGCUUGACAAAAUAGUUAUGCCCGGAUGUGACCAUAUCUUUCACCUCCCCACCGAAACCAGAGAAAUUUGGCUAAUCCUUCGCGAGGAAAAUCAGAUGGAAGAGCCGCUACCUGGCUCCACUGCUACUCAACACCCAGUUAAGAAAAACAAUGACUAUUAUUUGGUUGCUGCUUGCUUAGACCUUUCUUUCGGGCUCAAGACCAGGUCCGAAGAACUAUACAUAGGGGACACGCUAUAUGGAGAAAUCCGGAGAUUGCAGAACAUCUUGAACACGACUUCAAUUGGGCUGAGCUCGAUGUUCCAUAUAGUAUUCUUUGACACAGGUUUAGAAUCGAUUGUCGAAAAAGUGAAGUUGCCUCGGUUAGGAUACGCACCGGGAUACAAGCAUUGGGAUAUAUAUUGGAUGAUUUUACCGGUGUGCUUUGGAUUAUUCAGGGAGCAGUGGCUUGAGGAGCCGUGUUUCGACGCUUCCUACUUAUCUUGUCUUGACCCAAAAUAUCAGCCCGAAGAUGUCAGCGGCUAUUUCAGAAUAAAAAUACCCGGACCGCCCAGAGAGUGGAUAUAUCGAUCAACACAGGGCAGUCUUCAAUGGAAGAUUGAUGAUGGUGAAUGGCAAACGUCUCCACGAAUGCCCUCAGGCGACGACGGGUUAGUGCGGAGCACUCAACUUAGGGUUCGGAAAGACGAGAUUCGGAAUGAGAUUUAUGAAUUAUCUAAGGAACUUUGGAUUUUACGAUCGUUGGAAUUGCUACGAAAAUAUUCCGUCAUUUCUACUUCCUCUACUCUUCCAGAGCUUGUGGACGCAAUCACAAACCCCCGAGAGGAAUACAAAUCCAUCAUGACACAGGAUUGGCGUCGUGAAUUUACUGUUGAUGGAAGGUUUUACGAUGUAAAUAUAAAGUAG